AUGGCGAACGUAACACCCGCGUCGACCGGCGCUUCGCCGUACGACUCUUACCAAACGUCUCUCACCACCCGGUACUGCAGCCCUACCAUGUCCCAGCUCUUCAGCCAGCGAUCUCGUCACUCAACUUGGCGAAAACUAUGGCUAAGUCUUGCUGAGAGUGAGAAAGAGCUUGGGGUUGGUACGAUUACCGACGAAGCUUUGGAGCAGAUGAGGGCUCACCUUACGGUCACCGAUGAGGACUUUGAGAUUGCCCGUGUUGAGGAGAAGAGGCGUCGGCAUGAUGUCAUGGCGCACGUCCACGCCUUUGGGGCCGUUGCCCCUGCUGCUGCGGGUAUUAUUCAUCUGGGUGCGACCAGCUGUUUCGUAACCGAUAACACCGAACUUAUUUUGGCCCGGGAAGCCAUGGACUUGAUUUGUAAAAAAAUUGCCAAGGUUAUCGCCAACCUCUCUGCCUUCGCCCUCCGUUGGAAGAGCGAGCCGACGCUUGCGUAUACGCACUUGCAAGCUGCCCAGCUUAUCACAGUUGGAAAGAGAGCGGCGCAGUGGAUUUUAGAUCUCAUGCUUGACCUCCAUGCCAUCGAGCAGGUUCGCCAGGAGCUUAAGUUCCGCGGUGCUCAGGGGACGACUGGGACGCAAGCCAGUUUCCUCUCCAUCUUCGAGGGCGAUGCUUCAAAAUGUGAUCAGCUGAACGAACUUUUAUGUCAGAAGUUUGGGUUCCCAAGCUGCUAUGAUAUUUCCACGCAGACUUAUACCCGCAAGGUCGACCUAAUCAUCGCCAAUGCCGUGGCAGGACUUGGAUCCACAGCUCAGAAAAUCACCGGAGAUAUCCGCCAUCUUAUGCACUGGAAGGAGAUUGAAGAGCCGUUUGAGUCUUCUCAGAUCGGCAGUAGUGCCAUGGCCUACAAAAGAAACCCAUUUGGCUCGCGAAUUGAUGAGCAAGCCGUCAUUGCCAGUCGGGUAGCCGCCGAGUUGCCUUUUAUGGUUACAGAAGAGAUCAUCAUGAGGUUGUGUGCCAAGGGCGUCUCGAGACAAGACGCUCACGAGGAAAUCAGAGUCUUGAGCCACCAGGCUGGCGCCGUCGUCAAGCAGGAAGGAAAGCCGAACGACCUGGUGGAGAGAAUAAAGGCCAACGAGUUCUUCAAGCCGAUUUGGGGUGAGCUGGACGGGAUGCUCAAGGCGGAGCUGUAUACCGGACGCAGCAGCCAGAUUGUCGAGAAGUAUUGCGGGCCUGGCGGACCCGUUAGCAAGGCCCUUGCGCCAUAUGCCGACUACAUCAGGAACGCCACCACGGCCAAACUCAACGUCUAA